AUGUAUGCUGUUGACACGCCUGAGUAUAUGGUUGGAAAUGGAGUAAGUGUCUUGUAGGUAUAGAAGGUCAGAUUAUAGACAGAGUUCCCACGGGCUCCGGAGCCGUCUCCGGCUUCGGAACUGAACAGUAUAUUGAAUACUGUUUUGUAACUGUACUGUUAGUAUUGUAUUGUAAUAGCGAUACUUCUUAGAGUAAAAAAAAAAGGUUUAGGACAAUCUAGAAGUUGUGGCACAUUUCUUUGGAACUCAAGUUAUAAACGUCGUAGCCUAUAUAGUCAUCUUUAUUGUUCAUCAUCGUAUCACACGACACCUGAAAGACCAAGGGGCUAAGCUUAGCUCUAGUAGUGCAUACUCUCAAAGACGAUUAAGUUUGGUUAUGAAACUGCAGGUAAUUACCAACCUUUAUUUUUGUAACAUAUUUUUUUUAAAAACUGAAUAAGAUGACAUUAAUGACCAAUAUAUUAUUAACAGUCUAAGAAUUAUUAACAAGGAAUACCUUCAGGCAAUCUACCCAGGCCUAGUAUUUGGAAUACCUUGCUUCUUUGCUACAACGAUGACUCAACUGAAAAUGGACGUAGGAUGGAGUGGCUUAUACAUAGCUACAUCAAUAUCGCUUUUACCUGUUGUUAACUCACUAACAAUGUUGUUCGUCAUACCAUCGUUUCGGGGUCGACUAUUGAGAAGAAAUGUUACUAAAAACAGAUCUAGCAAAUCUUCUGAAGUUGCAAGUGUUAUGUAG